UGUAGAAAUACUUGCUUUACAAAGAGAAACGGGAAGUAGAAAGAGGAAGCUAAAAAAGGAGGAAGGACAGAGGUGAUGGAGGCAGAUAGUAGCAGCUUAGGCCACGGCACGGACACAAAUGAAGCUUACCCAGUCCACUGCACUGAGGAACUCCUUCUACCUUUCUUCACAGACUGUAGUUUACAAUCCAUCAUGACCACCCCUGCAUCUCCUUCAUCCUGUCCCGCAAUGAAUCACAGCCCUGUUUCUCCUAUAUCUGAUCUCCGGCUGGUCCUAUUAGGAAGAAAAGGUGUUGGAAAAAGUAUGGCCGGGAACACCAUUUUGGGAGCGGGAUUUGAAUUUGGAAAACCAACUGAAGAAUGUAUCAAAAGACGUGCAGAUGUGAAUGGGAUUAAAGUAACAGUGGUUGACACCCCAGGAUGGGAAUGGUACUACCCACUCAACAGCACCCCAAAUUGGGUUAAACGCGAGACUUUACGAAGCAUUACCCUAUGCCCCCCAGGACCUCAUGCCAUCCUGCUUGUGGUUAGAUCCUGUGCUUCUGUCAAUGAAGAUUACAUUAAAGAAAUAGGGGAACAUCUUUUGCCACUUGGAAGAAACAUUUGGGAGUACACAAUAGUACUAUUUACAAGAGGAGAUGAAUUAGGAUUAGUGUCAAUGGAACAACGCAUUCAAACUAGUCCCGGAUUGCAAAAGCUACUUCAAAAAUGUAAAAAUAGAUAUCAAGUGAUUGAGAAUCGAACCAAAGAAGGGACACAGGUUAAAGAACUGAUCAGGAAGUUGAAAGAAAUGGUGGAGGAGAAAGAAGAGAGGUGCAAACAUUUGGGGAUGGAUGCUGCGGUGCUAUCAGUACUGGAGGUGGACGGGACGAGGAGAGCGAGAGAGAGGAGGAAAAGACAGAGACAGAUGGAGGCCCAGGCACAAAGAGGGACCAUCAAGACUGCUCUCAUCAGUGACAAUCUGCAGUGCUCCGAGUCCGACGUCCACCACUCCUUCUCUAAAACCCCUCGGCGUCUUCCAGAAAUCCGCCUCGUUCUUUUGGGGGAGCGAGAGACCGGAAAGAGCUGCGCCGGGAACACCAUCUUGGGUCAUUCUGGCCUAUUCCAAGCUGGAACAGUUACAGAGGAGUGUGUUCGUAAGCAGGCCAACGUCUCCCAGCGACACGUGACUGUAGUGGACACACCUGGAUGGGAGGGAGGCGUCAUGGGAGCCACACCUGAACGAGUUAAAAGGGAGAUAGUUACAAGUGUUGGUUUAUGCCCGCCAGGUCCUCAUGCAUUUUUGUUAGCUUUACGAAUCGAUACGGCGGUUAGAGAAAGCCAUAUUUGCAAUCAUUUGGAGCUGUUAGGUGAGGACACUUGGAGAUAUACAAUUUUACUAUUUACUCAUUGUGAUCAACUACGAGAGGGGGUCAGUAUUGAAAAACAUAUUCAAAAGGGGGGUAAAGAGUUGCAGAUGCUAUUGAAAAAGUGUAAAGGCAGAUACCACGCAAUAAGCUAUGCAAAUGGGUUACAAAAGGCAACGCAAGUAACGGAAUUGCUGGAAAAAGUUGAAAAACUGGCAACGACAAAUAGAUGCGAGGCUUUUUCAGGGUUGGUUUGGGAAGUGAAGACGCUAAGCAGGCAAAAAAAUGAGAAAUACAACCAACGUUUGAAAGAACUGCAGGAGAAGAUGUCACGGCAAGAGGCGGAGCUUAAAAAACUGAGGGAUAGGGAGAUGAAAAGUUUGAGGUGGUUUUUUGAACGCAAGAAAAAGUCAAAAUCGUCCGGGAAUUUGAAAAAAGAAGAGGAGGAGGAUGAGGAAAAGAGGAGUAUUGACCAGAAUAUUGAAGAAUUGGAAGAAAGGAUGAGACUGAUGAUAGAAGAGAAAGAAAGAGAAAUAAUAGAUUUGAAUGUUGAGCACGAGAGGAUACUGGCCGAGCUGCACAAAAGUAAACGGGAGUCUGAGGAGGCAGUUCUUAAAAUUGAAAUUAAAGAGAGAGAGACUGAAGAACUGAAUGAACGAAUUGACGAACAGCAAUCAAAAAUACUUGAUCUUGAACGCAUCGCAGUCGGGCAUGAACAAGAUAAGAGACAAUACAAGGAGGCAUUCAAGGAGUGUGAUAAUGUAGUACAGAAAUUACAACAAAAUGUUAAAAUGGCGAUGGGUGAUUGCGCAGAGUGGAAGGAGAAAGCGGCAAAGUUAAACGAAGAUUUAGAACAAGCUAAAAAAUGCUAUGAGGAUGAUGUUGAGAAAAUAAAACAAGAAAAAGAAAUUGCCCUAAAAGAUUUUGAGGUUAAAAUAUCAAAAAUUGAAAUUUUGUUAUGUGAAAAGGAAAAAGAGGUUGUACAAAACAGAAAGUUGAUGAAUGAUGAAAAGCAGAAAGCGUUGGAGAGUAUUGAAAAUAAUAAACAAGAUAUGCUAAAGAAAAUGGAUGAGAUGGCUGGCCAUCAUAAGAAGCAGUUAGAGGAAGUUAAGCUAAUUUUGAACAAUGAGAUGCAAGACAAACUUGGCGAAAUGGACAAUAAACUAGAGAUGUUGAGGAUACAGCAUUUUGAAGAAACUGAACACAUUUUAAAGCAACAUCAAAGUGAGUUGAAUGAAAAAAUGUCAGAAAACAAAAACUUAAAAGAGCAGUUAACAAAAGAGGCUAAAGAUAACAUGGAAAUCAAGCAGAGAGAGUUAGCGUCAAUGGAAGAAAAAUACACAGAAUUAAUGAAAGAAAAGUCCAAAGAGUAUGAAAUUGAAAAGCAAACAAUUAUGGAAAAUCAAAAACAAGAAAUACAUAAGAAAGAUGAAGAAAUUACUAAACUAAGUAAGGAAAUUCAAGAUAAUUUGAAGAGACAAAAAACUGAAAUAGAAAAAAUUAAGGAGGAAUUUUUAAAAAUGUUAGAAGAAAAAGAAAAAGAGAUGGUAACACUACGUCUAAAGCAUGAAGAAGAGUUGAAUGCAAACAUGUCACAAUUUGAAAAAUACAAAGAACAGCAUAUUAUAGAGAGAGACAAAGAGAUUCAAGACCUCAAAUGCAAAUAUAUUGAUGAGAUUAAUCAGAAAAAUAAAGAAAUUGAGAACAUUUUGAAAGAAAAAGGUGAAGAAAUUGAAAAACUUGGAACUAAAAUUGAAGAAUUGAAGCAAAAACAAAUGGAGGAGAAGGACAGUAUGUCAGGUGUGCAGGUAAAACUACAAGAGAGAGAACAAGAGAUAUUUAAGUUGACAGAGUGUUUAAAGGAAGGAGAGAAGAAACUAGAAGAAUUUGAAAACACAAAAGACCACGAAUGGAGACAGAUCGAGCAAAAAUUGGUUGAGAAAGAACAAAUAAUACAAAUGCUCAGUGAGAAAUUAAAAGAAAUUGAAGAAAUGCUGCAAAAAAAAGAUGAUGAAAGGGGACAGAUUUUGCUAACCCAGAAAAAAGAGGCAGAGAUCCAGCUGGAAUUUCGAAAUAAAGAGAUAGAUGAGAUAAAGCAAAAACUUUUAAACAAAACUGAGAAAAAUUUUGAAAAUGAGAAAUUAGUCGAAAAACUGACAAAUGAAAUUGCGCAGAUUCAAAAUGAACUCAUGUUAAAAGAGGAGGAGUACGGGGAAGUCAUGAAGAUGCAAGAGAGUUAUGUCCAAGAAAUUUCUAAAUUGAAAAACUGUGUCAAAAAUCAUGGAGAGGUUGAGGAGGGUUACAGAAGCAAAGUAAGAGAAAUGGUGGAAAAACUGGCUGAGAAAGACAAAGACUGUGAUCAAAUGCGACUUAUAAUUGAACAAACAAAAGCAGAACUAAAUGAACUGACCAAAAAAAUGGAGAGAGAGAUGACAAACUUGAUCCAGGAGUAUGAAAGAAGUAUAGAAAGAAAAACUCAAGAAUUAGAGAUUAUUGUGAAUGAGAAAGAUGAAGCUAUAAAAUGUUUGAAACAAGAAAAGCAACAAAAAGUAAUGGAAGUUAUGGAAACUUUAGAAAAUAGUCAAAAGAAAACUGAGGAAAUUGAAGGAAAAAUGGCAGAGGAAAUGCAAAAGCUUGAAAUAAAAUGUAAAAUAUUGAAAGAAGAUUGUGAAGAGAAAGAUAAACAGUUUAAAGUUAAAGAAUCUGAAUUUGACAAAAUUUGUAAAAACUAUAAACAAGAGAUUUUGGAGUUAGGUCAAAUCAACAGCCAACUACAAAAGGAAAAAGAAAAUAUAAAAAAGGACUUUGAAAAGCAAGUUGCAGAGUUGGCAGAGAAACUAGAGAAAGAUGAUGAGGAAAAACAGGAUUUAAAGGAGAAAUUUAAAGAAUUUGAAAUUUGGAAAAAAGAAAAACAUAAUAUUGAGGAACAAGUGUUGAAUUUUGAACUGAAGCAGGAAGAAUUAGUCCAAUGGGAAGUAGCUUUGGCAGCAAAACAAAGCAAACUUGAUGAAAAAGAUCGCGAGAGACAAAAAUAUAUCGAACAAAAACAACGUGAAUUUGAAAAAAUGUUAGCAAUUCUUGAAGAAAAGCAAAAAGAGUUAAAUUUUCAUGGUCAAGAUUUGCAAAAGAAAGUGAGAGGUUUGAAAGACCAGGGAAAAGAGCUGAAAGACAAAGAGUUUUGUUUAAAAAAUCAAGAACAGGAGCUGAUCAACUGGACAUCACAGUUGAAUGCACAAAAUGAGCACGUUAGCUUUACGACGCAACAACUGAACGAAAUGGGCCGAGAAUUAGCAUCGCUCAAACAACAACUACAACAUAAAGACCAAAAGUAUAGGCAAAUGUUUGAAAAUUUAAAUAAAUGGGAAGUUAGUUUGCAAGAAAGAGAGACAGAGUUAAGCACGAGGCAAAAUCGGUUAGAUUAUACGCCUAAGGAAGAAGACGUUGAAUUUAUGUACCAGGAUAUAGGCAGAAAAGAUAGGGUUCAGAAAACGGCUGAAUUAGCAUCUCGAAAAGGCAACAACUGUCACUUUGAAACACUGCAUGAGAUAGCGGAACAAAAUGAAAGCAAAGAAACACAAAAUAAACAAGAAGUAGAUAGCGUAAAGGUUAUCAGUGACCUUACAGGGCUUUCAAAACAACCCAAAAACUACAAAGAAACUAGCGAUUUGACUAUCUUGAUGUUAAGAGAAAGUUGGUCAGCACGUUCACCAUCUGGGGUUAGUAUCCUGACAGGAAAAGAAGAAGAAAUGUCCCAAAUAAACGGUCUAAACUUAAGGUAUUGGAGCGGGGGGAUAGCAGGAAGGCAAGUAUCAAUCGUUGAACCACAAGGAUUGAAAUGGCAAGAUUGUACAAAUACUUCAAGUGAAAAUAUACGAGAUGCAGUAACUUGGUGCGAAUCCGAGCCUGAUAUUGUCAUCGUAGUAUUGCCUGUUUUUUUAACCUGCACAGAAGCAUACAGAAAAGCCAUAGAAUAUAAUGUUAACUUAGUCGCGAGUGACAUAUGGGAGCAUGCAAUGGUGCUAUUUACAUGGGGGGAGACUUUAGGGGUAAACAUAGAACAGCAUAUACAAAGAAAUGGGGAACAUAGAAAGCUAAUUGAGAAAUGUAAGGGCCGAUAUCAUGUAUUGACAAGCAAGAAAAACAACUCAAGCAUUGCGAAACUGUUUGAGAAAAUGAAUGAAGCUAUAAACAAAAGAGACGAUUUGGUAGUAACAGGCGAGACUUAAGAUAAUUCAGUUUUGCAAAUAUUUAAAGUCAGUGGUACUAAGUGCAUACAAUUACAAAUGGUUUUAUCCAAACAGCAUUUUGAAAAGCUACCAUUUGUUUAAAAAAACACUGCUUUAACAUCAUUGACUAGGAUCUUGUUAAUUUGUGACUGCGAAAAUCCAAUAAUUAAUUUGACAGUUUCAGAUGAAGCAAGUCAAAAUCACUAGCAUCUUUGUUCCCAGAUAAAAUGAUUGUUUUUGUAGACCGCUGCAGAUUGGUUGGGCUUACACGCUCUAUUCAAUUGAUUAGAGUGUGCUAGCUUUCAUUUUAAAUAUGAAUUUCAUACGAGUGACAAUACAAAUACAUUGGUGUGGCAGUGUUAGAUAUUAAAUGGUCUUUUGAGUUUUCUACGCAUAAAAUGAAAAACGUCUUAAAUUGCGCAUGUCACCGUAGAAACAUAUUAUUUACUUUAAAAUAUGUUUGGCUGUGUGGUUUCAUUUUAAUAUGUAAAAAAUGUGCCUUAUGAUGGAAAUAUCUAUGAAUAAAAUUAUGUAGCCUCAAUGCAUGAUUCAUUUUCAUACAGAGCAAAUAAAACAGCAAAUAAGCAGCAACGUGCAGUGAUUUCAAUCGCAUGGUUGGACCAC